UAGGGCUGCUGCAUGAUUUUUCCUGCUUUAGUUAAGGCUCUAAAGAGGUGUCGCUAGGCGCUGGCACACAGAUUCUAUUUGUCAGUGUCCCGAAUCUCCAAUUGAUGUCUUGAAAAUCAGAAUAGAAGACCACAAUCGAUAUCAUAUGAAACGUUGAAAAUUCCCGUGCCUACAGACCUGAGCCCCGAAUCUUUUAUGUACCUAGUAACGUUGACAUGUUGACAAUAAAAAAACAACAACAACAAAAAUCAACUUUGUUAAAUGAAUGUAUAAGAUACAUGUUAAAUAUUAAUACUUUUAAUAUGGUUGUUUUAUCACGCAAACUACCGAAAAGCUAACUGUUUUAUUUUGUACGAAACUUGUUUGGCGCGUUCAGAACAUGGAAACAUACAUUACACCUGAGUAAUAUAUCGCACUCAUGUUGCAGUGUUUCAUUUGCUUGGUGAAGCUUAGUACUUGACAAAUAACACGCUAAAGUGAGGUAAACAUUAGAAAAGUCGAUUGUGACUGGUAUACUAGCAACGUUAAUACAAUAGGUCAUAUUAUCCUAUAUUUUUUAUGUGACCGGUAGUUUUUUUUAUUUGGCGUAUGUGAAUGAAACUGAACUUUAGUUUAAAGUUAUAUUAGAAAUGGAAAGCAACAUAGUUAAGAAGGUACCUCCAACAGUAUACUACCUACCAAAUUUCAUCACUGCAGAGGAGGAGAAAUACUUGAUUGAUUGUGUCUAUGAAGCACCUAAGCCUAAAUGGACUAACUUAGCACAUAGACGACUACAAAAUUGGGGAGGACUACCCCAUCCAAAAGGAAUGAUACCAGAGUCACUUCCAAAGUGGUUGGAAAUUUAUAUCGCAAAAAUCAAUUCAUUAGGUGUAUUUGGUGACAAGACAGCAAACCAUGUGCUUGUCAAUGAAUAUUUAUCUGGACAGGGAAUUAUGCCACAUGAAGAUGGUCCUCUAUUCUACCCAACCAUAACGACAAUUAACUUAGGUUCUCACACACUUUUGGAUUUCUAUGAGAGGCUACAGGAAGAGGGGCCUGACCAGAGGUUAGACUCCAAUACCCAGGAACUGGAAGCAUCUUCCUUUAGUAGACGCCAUUUUGCAAGCCUUCUGUUGGAGCCUCGAAGCUUACUUAUAGUCAAAGAUGAUAUGUAUCAUAACUAUCUUCAUGGCAUCAAAGAAGUAGAAGAAGACAUUAUUACGAAUAAAGUGGCAAACCUCAACAGUUGUGAAACAAAAAUAGGCAGUGUCUUCAAACGGAGUACUAGAAUUUCACUGACUAUUCGACAUGUACCAAAAACCUUGAAGAACAAGUUCAUACUUGGUAACAUGUUUAGAUAACAAUUGGCUUUUAUAUUAUUAAGCAUGUAAACAACAAUUACUGUCUUUAGAAAAAAAUGUUAGUGAAAGUUGUAUACAUUUAUACAAAAUAUUAAAUGUCAGAUUUACACAAGUUGAUUUUAUUUAAUAUUUUCAAAAACUGUUGAUUAUGUUACUAUAAUGAUAGUUGAUUGUCUUAAGCAUAAUUCAAGCUCAACUUCGAUGAACUUAUGAUGAAAUAACAUGUAAUGUAAGGAAUAUUUUAAAAAUCUGAAUAAAGAAAAACUAUCUGUUUUGUG